CCUUAUAUUCAUUUCACCUUCUCCCCCUAUCCAUCAUGCCACCUGUAAGUGUCCUUGACCUCUCACUACGCGUUGUGCAAUCCUCGGUCGCGAGCUCGAUGGGCUUGAAGGUCCAUCUUGCACGCGUAUAUUUCUAACCGUUCAACAGGCUCGGAGUCUUCGUACGAGAGGCACGAUGAACGAGAACGAUGAGAAUGGCCCAUCGACGCGUCUGACGCGGGCCAAGGCCGCUGCCCUGUCAGUCAAUGACGCUGGGGCUCCCCCCGCCAAGAAGCCGCUCCAGACGAAGAAGGCUGCAACCACCACCACUACCACCGGAACCCGGAGACGCGCCGCCCUUGGUGAUGUUAGCAAUGUUUCCAAAGCAGAGAAUGGAGAGACCAAGGAUGCCAAGAAGCCAGCUGCCACGAAGGUUGGCUUGACGUCUAAAGCAACAUUGCAGGCUGGUGGAGUUCAGAAACUUACUCGCAACAACUCGUCACGCGCUGCCCUGGGACCCAAAGACAGCAACCCCAAGAAGCCUACCACAGAAACAAAGCGCCCCGGAAGUGGAUCGGGUACCAAGCGGACAUCCAGCGAGAAGGCAAUUCAAGAGAAGGCAGCUGAGGAGGAACCGCGCCCCCGAAAGAAGGUCGAAGUCGAGAAGAAGGUUACCGAACAGAAGACUCUCACCGAGAAGCUCGCCAACGCCAAGGAGGAUGUCAAUGUUCCUGUCGAUCCCAAGGUUCUGCAAAAGCCUGUCGAUGAUUUUGUCGACGAUCUCGACGCCGAAGAUCUUGAUGACCCUUUGAUGGUUGCUGAAUACGUUGUCGAUAUCUUCGAAUAUCUGAAGGACCUUGAGCUGGAGACCUUGCCCAACGCCGAGUACAUCGAUCAUCAACCUGACCUGGAGUGGAAGAUGCGCGGCAUCCUUGUUGACUGGCUCAUCGAGGUCCACACCCGCUUUCGCCUCCUCCCCGAGACCCUCUUCCUUGCCGUCAACAUCAUUGACCGCUUCCUCUCUGCUGAGGUGGUGGCUCUGGACCGUCUUCAACUGGUUGGUGUCGCCGCUAUGUUCAUCGCGUCCAAGUAUGAGGAAGUUCUUUCGCCACACGUUGCCAACUUCACCGAUGUCGCAGACGGAACUUUCACCGAUCGCGAGAUCUUGGACGCUGAGCGGCACAUUCUCGCUACGCUCGAGUACAACAUGAGCUACCCCAACCCCAUGAACUUCCUCCGUCGUAUCUCGAAAGCAGACAACUAUGAUAUCCAGACCCGUACUCUCGGCAAGUACCUCAUGGAAAUCAGCCUCUUGGACCACAGGUUCAUGGGUUACCGCCAGAGUCAUGUGGCGGCUGCUGCCAUGUAUCUGGCUCGUCUCAUCCUUGACCGGGGUGUCUGGGAUGCCACCCUGGCUCAUUAUGCCGGUUACACUGAAGAAGAGAUCGACCCCGUCUUCCGCUUAAUGAUUGAUUACCUUCACCGCCCUGUCUCUCAUGAGGCGUUCUUCAAGAAAUACGCCAGCAAGAAGUUCUUGAAGGCAUCCAUCCUCACCCGGCAAUGGGCAAAGAAAUACCACCACCUGUAUAUCAACAGCUCGCUAUCCGAGCCCUACUCUUAUAUGAAAGACCAUGAAUAAAUAACCCGCCGCCUCUGGUGACUUAAUAUCGGCGUCAGGCAGCACGACCGAGGAUAGGAGU